CUGUGGCGCUUUAUACUGCCCAUCUCUGCAGAGGAACUUAAAUGCUUGUGCCACCGGAAACCAUUGAAUUUCAUAUCGGAACCACUACAUGAGGCUGCCUGCACCAUCGUCGACUGAAAAGUGUUGUCAUAUUUUGUCGUUCACGGUUGCGUUAUUUUAACCCAGAGAACGAGUUGUGCACCACCGGUGUUGGCCUUGGAAGUUGAAAUGUCAGCCGGUGCCACAGUGCCGCUCACGCUUUCUCACUAGCCACGGUAACGUCAGCUUUUGCUGCCAAUAUCCUCGCAGGAAUCAGUAUGGAUGCGCUCUGGGUAUUCCUAAUGCUGCUGGUCCCACUUCUGCUAUGGACUAGCAGCACCUUUGUUUUUUAUUUCAAAAAGUGUUUCUACGUGGCUUAUAUGAUGGUUUUGGGUGCGAUUGCGAUUCCGCUUAGUAUUCUGAAAUGCGGAGGCAGGGACGUUGAAAACAUGAGGGUGGUCCGUGCUCUGGUUCGUCAUGUUAAGUACUUCCUGGGUCUGCGGUUCGAUGUGAGUGGCUUGGAACACCUGCAGACAGAGGGACCCUACGUCAUCAUCUCCAACCACCAGAGCUCCUUGGACGUUCUGGGUCUAAUGGAGGUUCUCCCAGAUCGUUGCACCAUGAUUGCCAAGAAGGAGCUGGUGUACGCGGGCACGGUGGGCAUUGUGUCCUGGCUGGGCGGCAUCGUCUUCAUCAACCGCAACAAGACCAGCGAUGCCAAGAGCGUCAUGGCCGACGCUGCCAAGACCAUGCUGGACGACCAGAUCCGGCUGUGGGUGUUCCCUGAGGGCACACGGAACCAGAGGGGCGACCUGCUGCCCUUCAAGAAGGGAGCCUUCCACCUGGCAGUGCAGGCACAGGCUCCUAUCAUCCCCAUUGUGUUCUCAUCCUACAGUAACUUCUACCUACGUAAAGAAAAGCUGUUCAACUCGGGGACCAUCAAGUUGAAGAUCCUUCCGAAGAUCGAGACGAAGGGCAUGACGUCAGACGACGUGGCCGGCCUCUCCGACAAGUCCUACGGCCUCAUGCGCUCAGUCUUCCUGAGCAUCUCUGGCUUCGCCCCCUUAACCCAGAGCAACGGGCCCCCCUCACACCACUGAACAUUUCCCAUGUCCGAGACACCAAAACCUACCCUACCUAUUUAAAAUGUUUAUUUCUCCCCCGUCCUCCGCAUCGUCCCAGCUCCCUACCUACGUACCCAAUGUUUAGGUCAAAUAUAUUGGCACCCUUAAGGUGCAGAAUGUUCCAUUUUCUCUUUUCAAAACUGUUUGAAUGGACCUGCAACUUACCACAGGUGUGAGAUAAAUUACACAACGAGAUAUUGCCUCUAAUCAAGAGUCCAGGACAUUUUUCUUUGAAAUGUGCAGUUGUAAACACCGUUUUCAAUUUCAACUUGUUUUUGAAGAAAUAGAGAGUUGUGCAAGGGUGCCAAUAUAUUUGACCACAUCUGUACCAGGAUACAACGCACACACCAGGCCUCUGUCAUGAACUCAUCUGUUGUUUUGGCCUGGUAUAGUUUGGUUCUGGUUGGCUCCUGCUCUGAGCCAGCCCCCAUACAGUGCAGUCCUGACUCCUCACGACAGAAGACCUGUUGGCUCUGCAGGUUAUGAGUAGAGUGACGGACCGACGGCAAGCGAAACGGAACAUUAUUAAUGUGCGUUCAUCAUGCAUGCUUGGGGAUACCUUUUUUUCUACCUCCACCUUUUUAAAAGAGGCUUUAUUGUUAUUGUAUUUUAUUUUUUAAAUGUUUACAUUUCAGUGGUGGUACUUUCGCUUUUUUUCCCUUCCUUCUGGCUCAACUUUUUUGUUUUUUCAUAUGUUGACGGUGGAUAUUUUUAUUUUCCUCUGGUGCUGCCUUAACUUUUUUUUUCUUAAUGUGCUAUAAAAGACACGCACAGCACACAACCACCCUGCUUUAACACACGCAAAC